AUGGCUGAAGAUUCUCGGGCCCAGUUGGACGAUGGUCCUGGUGAGGGAUCCGAUGGGCCCCAGAACCCCUCUAACCUGACUAUUCGACGAGCAGUUAGUACACAGACCCUGAAGCCCUGCCCUGCCCUGUCCUGUCCUGUCUCUAUCCCCACUGCGAUGCAUGCCGAACUCGCAAGUGAGAGAAAGAUCGACAUCAUUGACCGUCGUCUUGAGGCCCUCACCGAGCUCAUGCGUGAUAUGAGGAUGAACAUGUCAUCUACAAGCACCCAAUCCAAUCAAAAUCACAUGCCCAGCUCUGAUGUCCCCCGCCAAUCACCUGCUCAGGCCUCGAGCUCAACACCCUAUGGGCAUCUCGCUCAGCAAACUGCAGACAGCCCGGUCAUUGAAGGAGAAUCUUCCUUGGCUGCUCAUGGUGAAUUUGCAAACGAAUUCCUCAAAAAUGCUGUUGGUACAGAGUCUUUACAGGGUGCUAGCCUCGAGCUGCGUGAGACCUUGGAUUCACUCCAUCACAUCGUCAGCUCUCUGAAGCAACAGACGGCUGCUACAGAAAUGUCAUACCCCCAUGCUAGGCAACUACCACGUCCAAGCCUAAAGAAUAACGAGCUACCUCCAAUUCAAACAGCCGUUGCCUUGAUACGAGAAUGUGAGACCGAGAACUCAGAAGUGUCUGCCUGGAUAAGGGAGUUCUUUUCUAUGGAAAGCUUCUCGGGCAUGUGUCUUCACGUGUACUUCUCAGAAGAUGUCUCAGAGGCUGAUUUUAUCCUUGUGAAUGUUGGCCUGAUGUACAUGUUCAUGGAUCGCCAGCAGCGUACGGCAGACGCAAAAGAGCAAGAAGAGUGCGAGGGCUACAUGAAAACACUCCGUGAAAACACCGAAACGGCGUUGGCAAAUUUGCCUUUUCAUCUGCCUGCAACCUCAAACAUGAUUUCUGCCCUUCUUCUUGGAGCAUUUUAUGCUAUUGAGAUCUCAAAACCAUCACUCUCGUGGACUUUAUCAUGUAAAGCCUCCGAACUAUGCCAGACUCUAGGUUAUCACCGGAUAUCAACCAUGAAAAAUGACAAGCCGCGCGAGGCUCAGCGCAAACAGUUUCUAUUUUGGAACACAUACUUCAUAGACAAGAGUCUCUCCCUUAGGCUCGGUAGGGCUUCUACUAUCCAAGACUGGGAUGUCACUGUGCCCCUUCUUACCUCGAAACCUCCCAAUGCUACGCCCCUAUCGGCCUUCAUUUGCCUCUGGGUCGCUACAGCUCGGUGUCAGGGACACAUAUAUGAGCUACUGUACAGCCCAGAUUCCAUGACGCAGUCCGAUGAUGUGAGGAGGUUCCGUGCUCAAAAGCUUGUGAACGAUCUGAAGGAUAUCUCGAGGAGGAGCAAGGAGCUGAGUAAAUCCCGCGAGAAGGAAGUCAAGACGAAUCUUGGGGAGUACUUCUUCGAUUUUAUUCUCAUCUCUGAUGAUGUUCUUCGACUUUCACUUCUGACUCUGAUUUAUCGAGCUACGCCUGGGCCGCCCAACUCCAAGGUGACAUUUAUUCCAGAGUGUAUUGAGGCUGCACGUGCAACACUACAUCGCCAUCAAGAUUGCAUGGAUCUCUUAGGGCGGGAUAAUACUGUCUAUUUUCCUUCCUACAUUCAUUGGACAUUACUCUUUGCCCCUUUCAUCCCUUUCAUCGUUGUGUUCUGUCAAGUCAUUGAGACCCAAGACCAGACGGACCUUGCUCGUCUGCAUAGCUUCUGCACAUCUCUUGAGACGACUAUUCAGUUAUCGGAUGCAGCGGCGAAGACAUAUCGCCUGUUCCAGGUUCUCUAUACAGUUGCACUCCGAUACAUUGAGUUCCGGACAAGCACUCCUCCAGCCGACCAAACACAGGCCAGCGCUGAACUGAACAACUAUCUCGCCGCUCUCGGAUUUCCGCCAGCAGGUCUGAACAACGGGGUUCAACAAUCGACGCACAUGGACCCUAGUCAGGCUGGUGCAUUCUCACAGCCUCUCGGGGAUAUGAAUAUGCUUGAUGGUGCCGAUGGCCAGAGAGGAGCAAACACGAUGAUGUGGAUGGGCAACACGGCGCAACUUGGUGAAUGGUUCAAUAGCAGUCAGCAAAUGAUGGAGUUACUGGAGGAGCCCAGCUUCACAUUCCCUCAUUGA